AUGGAGUGCAACUUGGUGGUGGUGGGUCACCCAGGCGUGGGCAAGUCGUGCCUCACCAUUCGCUUCGUGACCAACCAUUUCCUGGAGGAGUACGACCCCUCCAUCGAGGACUCCUACCGCAAGCGGGCGAGCAUCGACGACGAGUCCUGCCUGCUCGACGUCCUCGACACGGCACCUCUGGACCAGGAAGAGUACAGGAGAGACCGGGCCUUCACCAAGGGUCAGGGCUUCGUGUGUGUCUACGACAUAACCUCGCGCGAGUCCUUCGACGAGUGCGAAGGCCGACAUGAACGUGCAGGAGUGCUUCUUUGCCGCCGUCCGCGAGAUCCGUCGGCUCAACAACAACGACAACAAGAGCGCGAAUGCCAACGACGCCGUUUCCAAAGGCGGCAAAGCCCAGCACUGUUGCCUCUCGUGAUGUAA